AUGCUUUUAUUGCGUUUUAAAUUUGAUCAACGGGAAGACUUCCUUUUGGUUCUUAUUGACUUGUUGUUAGUUCUUAUCGUUUAUUUUCUAUUUCAAUCACUCUUUUCUAAAUCACGUGGGCGAUAUUUUCAGCUUUUCUUUCUUUUUUCGUUUUUUCUAUCUUUUCUCGUUCUUUCUCUCUUUUUCUCGUUCUUUCUGUCUUUUUUUCAUCCGGUCUUUCUUGUUUCUUCCUUUCUUUUUUAUUUUUUCAAUUUUUUCUUUCUCUCUCAUUUUUCUUGUUCUUUUCCUUGUGUUCUCUAUAUUAUAUAUUGCCAUCUUUACCAUACAAAUUAUCAUUUUUCAUUCUUCAAAUUUCUAAUUUUCUACUUCUUCUCUCAUAAUUCUUUCUUUCUUUCUUUCUUUCUUUCUUUCUUUCUUUCUUUCUUUCUUUCUCAGUCAUUACAUAAUUUUCUUUCUUUCUUUGUUUCUUCUUUCUUAUCUUCUUUCUUUCUUUCUCUCUCUCUCCCUUUCUUUCUUUCUUUCUUUCUUUCUUUCUUUCUUUCUUUCUUUCUUUCUUUCUUUCUUUCUUUCUUUCCUUGUUCCCAUAUGAUCUAUCUUUUUUUAUCCUUCAACUUUUUAAUUUUUUUCCCUUUCCUUUGUCGUCUCUCAUUUACAAAUUGCUUUCUUUUGUCUUUGUUUGUUUGUUUGUUUGUUUGUUUGUUUGUUUCUUUCUUUCUUUCUUUCUUCUUUCUUUCUUCUUUCUUUCUCUCUUUCUUUCUUUCUUUCUUAUAA